AUGAUCGAGGCCAAAGAAGAGAUAGCGAACAAGUUACUUAGCCAAGGAAGACUGGAGCUGGGAUCGCUUAGUUGCCCGAUAAGGGACCGAAUAGAAUUACCAAGAUGUUACGAGUAUCAACAAUUUGGACAAAUAAGAGAGGAGUGCAGAGGAGAUGACCGCGUUGGAGACUGCCUAAGGUGUGACCAAAAAGAACACUGUGCCAAAAAUUGCCGAACAGACGCUCCAGAAUACUGCCAUAUGGACACCGUGUCAAAGAUUGCCGAACAGACGUUCCAGAAUACUGCCAUACUUGUGGAAAAGAGGGACACAGAAACAACACAAUGA